CUCUAGAUUUUGGUUUCACUUCCGGCUUCUGCGAAACUGGUGCACGUGUCUGGAGUGUAGCUGUAUUGAAAUUUAAACUAAAUAAUACACUAUUGAACACUAAAUAUUGUUAAAAAAGCAGCAAGAAACUAAAUUCUAGAAGUUGAUGUAUUUUCUGUCCUGUUAAAUAAGGUAAAUAUUAUUUUCUACUUGAGUUAAAAUUUGCCCGGGUACAGCCGCCAUAUUGUUUCGUCGCAAGACGCGGGUGAAGUUCUUGAACUCGUGGAGUUGUGCAUAAUUUCUUAAACAACAUGGUGGGCUCACGUGUUUACGUCGGUGGACUGCCUUUCGGCGUCCGAGACAGAGAUUUGGAGAAAUUCUUCAAAGGCUUCGGCAGAAUAAGGGACAUACUCAUCAAGAAUGGCUAUGGAUUUGUGGAAUUUGAAGAUUAUAGAGAUGCAGAUGAUGCAGUCUAUGAAUUAAAUGGGAAAGAGCUACUCGGGGAGAGGGUGUCGGUGGAGAGGGCUCGCGGCAUGCCGCGGGGCUCGGACCGCUGGCGCUGCCGGGAUCUGCCGCCGCCGCCGCCGCGACGCCCGCCGCCGAGACGUGAACCUGACUACAGUUAUAGAUACGGACCGCCGACGCGCACCGAGUAUCGACUAGUCGUCGAAAAUCUGUCUAGCCGCAUUAGCUGGCAGGACUUGAAGGAUUACAUGCGUCAAGCUGGUGAAGUUACCUACGCUGACGCUCACAAGCAACAUAGAAAUGAAGGUGUGGUAGAGUUUGCUACACACUCGGACAUGCGCGCUGCUAUUGAAAAACUUGAUGGUACUGAGCUGAAUGGCCGUCGAAUCCGUCUGAUUGAGGCGAGGCGCGGAUCCCGUCGCCGCUCGCGCUCGUCCUCAAGCCGCAGCCGGUCGCGAUCCAGGGACCGCAGGCGCAGCCGCUCCAGGUCUCGCUCCCGUCGCUCGUCGCGCAGUCGCUCUCGCUCCAAGUCCAGACCGAAGAGCAAGAGCCCCGUCGCCAAGUCUCGCUCCAGAUCGCGCUCCAAGUGUGUUAUUACUUGCGCUGAGCAAAAUUUAAAACUGGAUCGCAGUCGUUCGAAGUCGCGGUCUCCAUCGGCGUCCCGAGCAUCCGACCGUCGCUCGGCGUCCCGUAGAUCUGACCGUCGCUCGGCGUCCCGUAGAUCCGACCGUCGCUCGGCGUCCCGUAGAUCCGACCGGCGAUCAGCCUCCCCGCGCAAGUCCGCCGAGAGGAACGGCGACAAGUCUGCCUCGAGGUCUAAGUCCCGAUCGCCGAAAGCCGCCUCCAAAGAAGCCGUUCCAAGGGAAAGAUCUCGCUCACGCAGCAAGGAAGCGUCUCCGAAGCGUGAGGAAGAACGUCGUCCGACUAAGUCUCGUUCACGUUCCCGCUCUCGGUCCCGGUCCGGGUCCCGCGACCGGUCGGCGUCUCGCGACCGCUCCGCGUCCCGGUCCCGCUCCGGCUCGCCGCGACAGAACGGCGACGCGCAAGACCGCGCCAGUACAGAUCGCUCGCCCCGCAGUGGCGAUUAGUCUUACACUAGUUUUAAGCUACAUAGGUUUAUUUGUCUACAAUUUUUACGAGCUCGUGACCUCAAUGAUAGUGACCAUAAUGUUUCUUUUGACUAUUACCAGUAUGCAAAGCACUGCACUGUUAGUUUUCACUGCCUGUUAUUUUUCCAAACGCUUUUCUGUAGAAUCUGACAUACAUCAGUUAUUUUGGCUAUCUAAGAUACCAAUUAAUUGUAUACGAAUUUAAUUGACAUCAAGAAGAUGUCGCCAGCAAAUAAAAGUACAAUGUUUAAUUUUUUGGAGAACGCUGCUUACGCUUUGUUGAAGUCACGAUAAUGUAAUAUAAGAUUUUAUUAUGCACCGUGUUGAUAUUUUUGUUUCACACGGGUGAAUAGAUGUCUUUGUUUUAGGGUUAUUUAGGAUAGCUUUGGGCUUCCUGUACAUGGGAUUCGCGACGUUAAUUCACAUAAGUGUUUUUACUUCAGCAUAUACAGGAAGCCGGGCUUGUGGGCAAAUAGAUACUUAUUAUGUAUAAGUAGGAAGUUUUACCGAAAACGUGACUGCUGUUUGAUUUUAAUUUAUUGUGAUUGAAUUUUGAACGAUGUAUUAUUUUUAUUUCUAUUAAAAUUAAUUAGUAAAAUUCAGUCACUUGCAUUUUAUACGAAAAGUUAUUGUUCUCAAUAUUUGCCCAUACUUUGAGUGAAAAGUAACUUCAAUUGACGAUAAUAUAUUGUAAUUUACCAAUUUUUAGGUAAAAGAUGUAACAAAUAAGAUUUAAUUCAUACAUCUUUAAGACAAUUCUACUUGGUAGGCUAAUUAUGUAUUUUGUAAAUAGUAUAUUUGUUACUAAUAACCAAAUAAUAAAUAAGGCUGUAACGUAA